AUGCGACAGAUUUGGUACCACCCCCUAGACAUCAAAGGAGCCCACGGCACCAAGACUUUGAACGCCCUUGAAUAUGCGUGGGAGACCCUGGACCUCUAUGAAGAUCCGUACGUCCAGGAGCUUCAACAUAACCCUUAUGAGCAAGACAAGCUGCACAAAACGCUCCUAUCUCGCAAGACGUACUGCAACGAGCAGAUCAAAAAGCUACUCGAUCGCAGCAGCAGCCUCUUCCAUGAGCUGGGGGGAUGGGCCGCUGACUAUUACAUACACGAAUCUAAGAGACAGGUGCUAUCAAAGAUAUAUGAAUCGUCUAUGAUGACGGACUGGGUAGACGCUGAGAAGGAUUACAUCAUUGAUUUCAUGAACCGCCUGCCUGAGCCAGAUAUCUCGCUGGAUGACUUUCGUCUCUCGCCCAAAAUGGAGGCCUUGAUCGAGUUUUUGGAUACUAUGAACGACCCGGAGUUCUCGGGUAUCAUCUUUGUCAAGCAAAGAGUGACGGUCAGCGUCAUGGAGAGGCUAUUGUCCGUCCAUCCGGCCACUCGAUCUCGCUUUCGAUGUGCUCCCUAUGUUGGCUGGUCCAACAGCGGCACGCGCAAAGAGAUCAUCGGCGAGCUACUCUCCCUGAAGUCGCAGCAGAACACACUGGAUGAGUUCCGCGAUGGGCGCAAAAACCUCAUCAUUGCUACUGACGUCUUAGAAGAGGGGAUCGACAUCAGUGCUUGUAAGGCUGUCGUCUGCUAUGACAAACCACCUAAUCUGAAGUCUUUUGUGCAGCGUCGAGGACGUGCUCGACAGAAGCAAUCGGUGUACGGAAUCCUGCUUUCGAAGGUUGACGAAUCUGGAGACUUUGCGAAGUGGCAGGGCCUAGAGAAGGCAAUGAUCGAGGCUUAUCAGGACGAGGAGAGACUUCUCCAGGAGGCUCGAUUCCUAGAAGAGCUGGAUGAGGACGUGGGUGGAAGACUAAUGGUCCAGUCUACUGGUGCUGUUCUGACCGCCGACGUUGCGUGCGCUCAUCUCAACCACUUCUGCGCCGUCCUCCCUCGCGAGACGUACGUUGACAACGCACCUAAAUUCUCCUUUGAGAUGAACCAGUUCGGCAAGCUGCAAGCCACAGUCACCCUACCGAACUGCGUGCAUCCUGCAGUCCGUCGCAUUUCCGGCGAACAGUGGUGGGGAUCGGAGCGAGCAGCGGUCAAGGAAACCUCGUUCCUGGCGUACAAAGCCCUCUACGAAUUCGGCCUGGUGACCGACAACCUCCUCCCGUUGACCAAGAAGCCGGAACUCACACAGUUUGAGAUGCGCGAGAUACCAGCUGUGGUAGAAGUGUCGGAACAGUACGACCCCUGGGCGCACUGGGCUUCUUCCUGGUCGUCCCCUGACAUCCAUCAGACACGCAUCCACGUGCGACUAAAUCAAGAAGACAGCCACGAGCUGUAUAUCAAAUUUACUGCACCGGUUGCUUUGCUCCCUAUGUCGCCAUUGGAGCUAUAUUGGAACAGUGACAUGACAUUUAUCUUGUCGUUUGAUACCCCGGCGCGAAUGCCCGCGACACCAGCCGAUGUUGUGGAGAAGAUGAGAGAGGCCACUGCGGUGUAUCUUCAGGCCAUUUCGAGGGAUCUAGGACCCGAACGUGACUUUGUGGCGUUGUUUGGACCGGACUUGCCUCAUGAUGAACUGGAAGAGUGGCUCCACGAAAACCAGGGGAAGGAGCCCGCUCACGAUGCCUUCAAUUGCAAUCGGGAGGCGGUGCUCAUGGGCAUUGUUCGAGACAAAGCGCACUACGGCGAUCUAUACGGAUUCCUGAGAUGGACAUCAUCGGACGAGGAUCCUGGAACUCUCACUCUCGAGUGUGAGACGUUUCCACGACGCCGAAAUCUUCUACAUCGACAGACUCUGGCUGUUAAUAAACCUGCGGUCCUGGACAAGCCUGAUAGCCGGGAUGACUCCGAUGCAGUUGUGAAGUCGUACAUUCUCUCUGCGCAAGACUGCACUGUGGAUAAGCUCCCUCUCACGGAUGCCGUCUUUGGAUUAUUCAUCUCUGCCAUCCUGCAUCGGUUGGAGACACAUAUGAUUGCAACCAGCCUGAACGAGACUAUUCUGUAUAACCUCGGAUUCGAAGCCAUGGAGAAUAUCCUCACGGCCAUCACUGCACCCUCCGCGCAAGCCUCGACAAAUUAUCAGCGGUACGAGUUCCUCGGAGACUCCAUCCUCAAGUACAUCGUCAGCUGCCGGCUGUUCUAUGAGCACGGCAACUGGCACGAAGGCUAUCUAAGCGAAAGGCGCGACUCAAUCGUGAACAACUCCCGUCUUGCACAGGCAGCUCUUGAGCUGGGACUUGACUCCUUCAUCCUCACCAAGAGCUUCACACCACGCCAUUGGAAGGCGCCGCUGAUCUCCGAAAAGACCACCCACAUCGCUGCCCAGCGAAACAUGUCCAGCAAGAUGCUCGCCGACGUCGUCGAAGCCCUGAUCGGCGCUGCAUUCAUUGAAGGCGGGUUCUUCCAAGCUGAAGCCUGCAUCCAUCGCUUCCUGCCAGAAGUCACACCCCCCAAUCCUACCCCUACUCCCAAUCCCUACCCGGACCCUGACCCCCAUAGCACCCACAACAUAGACGGCAAUACCAGCAAUCCCCGUCACAUAAUGUACAACCCCCUCCAAGAACAACUCGGCUACCGCUUCAACUCCACCAUUCUCCUCUUCGAAGCCCUCACCCACCCCUCGUGCCAACACGACACCUUCACGCAAUCGUACCAACGCCUCGAAUUCCUCGGCGACGCCAUCCUCGACAUGCUCCUCGUGCCCACCAUCUUCCAGCACGCCCCGCACCGCUUCACCCCCGGCGACAUGACCCGCAUCAAGCACGCCGUCGUAAACGCUAACCUCCUCGCCUUCCUGUGCAUGGAAUUCGCCGUGCCCCGCGAAUCCACCGACGUCGCGCAAUCACCCAAAGGAGGCUUCACGCUCCACUCGACAAACACGCCCGUCGAGUUGUGGCGCUUCAUGCGCUGCGAUGGCGCGGAGAUGAGACGUGCGCGAGACCGUGCAUUGGCUCGAUAUAUGACGUUGAGGGAGGAUAUCAUCACUGCUCUAAACUCCGGGACCCAUUAUCCGUGGGAAGCGCUGGCGGGUCUCAAUGCGGAUAAGUUCUUCUCCGACGUCGUGGAGAGUAUACUAGGUGCGAUAUUCGUGGAUUCGGGUGGUGACUUGGAUGCGUGUGGGCGGUUCGUCGAGCGGAUUGGUUUGUUGCCGUAUCUGCGGAGAAUGCUGAGUGAUGGGGUCGUGGUCAUGCAUCCGAAGAAUCGCGUGUUUCAGAUGGUCAGGGAGGAGGUGAAGUUUAGUGUGAAGAGGCUGCAGGGGCAGAUGGGUGAGGAUGCGUCGUAUCGGUGUGUGGUGACGGUGGAUGGGGUGGAGGUUGUUAUGGUGGAGGGCUGUUUGUCGGCGGAGGAGGCGGAGGUGAGGGCUGCGAAUCGGGUGAUGGAGGCUUUGGGAUAG